AUGAGAACUCCUCGCAACGUCGUGGUGCUUGGUGGCGGCAUCUCUGGCCUCACUCUAGCCUACUUCCUGCGCCAAGCACUGCCUAAAUCGGUGGCUAAUACGACACGAAUUUGUGUGCUCGAAGCCGACACAAUUGUAGGCGGAUGGGUGCGUACAGCCAAGCGCGAGGGUUUUCUGUUUGAAGAGGGACCACGAGGCUUUCGACCGUCCCGCAAUGGCGCUGAGAUGCUGCGAUUGGUGGAACAGCUUGAGCUUCAUGAUGAAAUGCAAGCAGUGGACCCAUCGGCUCAUGCACGCUAUAUUUUACGCAAUGGAAAGGUGGAGAAGCUGCCAAGUUCGCUGCUGGAAGCUCUGCGAUGGCCAUUGUCGCUUGCAGUAGCACGCGCAGCAUUGCGCGAGCUGUUUGUAAAGCCUCAAGUGAUCAUGGACGAGUCAGUGUAUGCAUUUAUGGCCAGAAGAUUCAGUCCCUUAGUAGCCGAAAGGCUGUUUGAUCCUGUGGCCUCGGGAAUUUUUGGUGGAGACAUUUCGAAACUUUCGAUGCGCUCUUGCUUCCCUAUGUUAAUCGAAUUGGAAAGAAAAUAUGGAUCUGUGGUGAAGGGUAUGCUGCUUGGAGGUAUCAAAGAAGGUGACACGCUGUUGGAUGGCACCAAGAAGUCGGAGUUUGUCAAGAAAUACGAAAAGUCAGUGAGUGUAAGCUUUACGGAUGGUAUGAGCACGCUGAUAAAGGCCUUGGAAGACAAUAUUAAGGCGGAUGCGAUGGCAGACCUUCAGUUGAACACGAAAGUGACGCGACUAGUAGUCCAUGGACCCAACAACUCGAAAGGACCAAGUUUUGUGGUGGAAAGCAAAGACCCUCUAUCAGGGGAGAUUCGUGAUCCCAUUAUAGCCUCCCACGUGUUUUCAACUAUUCCCGCAUGUUCUUUGGCCCCUGUGAUAAGGGAUUCGUCACCUGGUUUAGCUGAGGCACUCGACGAAAUAAACUUUGUCGAUAUGGGUGUGGUGCACAUUGGGUACCAUGAGAAAGUGUUGUCUAUCGACGGGUUUGGGUAUCUCAUUCCCUCAGUAGAGCGUGAAAAGAUUCUUGGUGUCGUAUUUGACUCCAAUACCUUCCCCAUGCAGAACGGGGAGGACAAAAUGCAGACGCGUUUGAGUGUUAUGAGUGGUGGUGCACAUUUUCGAGAGGUGGCGUCCAUGCCGAAAGGACAAUUGGAGCAACAUGCUUUAGAAGCCUUACAGCGACACCUAGGUAUCACACGCAAGCCAGACUACUUGCGUGCCAUGACACUGACGAACGGCAUUCCGCAAUACAACGUUGGUUUUAGCAAGACGCUGCAGCGUAUCGAGAAGCAGGUUGCUCACAGUACACCGGAUUUGUUCAUGGGUGGCAAUAGUUUCUAUGGUAUUGGACUGGCAGACUGUGUGACGCACUCGAAACAGCUUGCGCUCAAGUAUGCCAAGGGUAUUGUUUUGAGUGGCUAG